CUGUAGGGAAGUACCAACAUGGCGGUCGCUUUGAGCCCAGAAGACCCUUCUUCUUUUUCUAGGCCUGAAAUAUGGUCCCUAUCUGGCCUUCACUUGAAUCUUGCAAUAGAUUUUGCAACAAAAACAUUAGGAGGAAGUGCUGACAUAAGUAUUGUUAAAGCACAGGACGCAGGUGAUGCAGAUAACUCGGUUAUUCUUGACACGAGGGAUUUGAAUAUCAGUAGGGUCUACGAGAAAGAGUCCGGCCAAGAUCUGAGGUAUUCUGUUGAAGAACCGUACAGUUCUUUCGGUUCGAAACUAGAGAUACAGCUGCCUGCUCUCGUGGACAGAAGCACAACAAUAACAAUCGACUACAAGACAUCACCAUCUUGUACUGCUCUUCAAUGGCUGACACCAGAGCAGACCGCAGGCAAAAGGCAGCCUUAUCUCUUCAGCCAGUGCCAGGCUAUUCAUGCAAGGAGCCUGGUGCCUUGCCAGGAUUCCCCAGCAGUAAAAUUCCCAUACACGGCAAAUAUAACAGCCCCAGUUGAACUAGAGGUUUUGAUGAGUGCCUUGAAAGAUGGCACGUUUGAAUUGAGCGAAGAUGGUACACAGAAGAUCCACAAGUUUAACCAGCCUGUACCCAUUCCCAGUUACCUUAUAGCAAUUGUUGCUGGUGCUUUGGAAUCAAGAGAUAUUGGCCCCAGAACAAAAGUUUGGUCUGAAAAGGAGUUUGUAGAUAAAGCUGCCUAUGAAUUUGAGGAGACCAAAACUAUGCUCCAAACAGCUGAGGACCUCCUUGGACCAUAUGUGUGGCAGAGGUAUGACCUCUUAGUGCUUCCACCGUCUUUCCCCUAUGGAGGAAUGGAGAAUCCAUGUCUGACGUUUGUGACUCCGACACUCUUGGCCGGUGAUCGUUCCCUUGCAGAUGUAGUUGCACACGAGAUUAGCCACAGUUGGACUGGAAACCUGGUCACGAACAAAAACUGGGAACAUUUUUGGCUGAAUGAAGGCCACACUGUCUUUGUUGAAAGGAAGAUUCUUGGCCGCUUGUAUGGGGAAGAACACCGUCACUUCUCGGCCAUAAACAAAUGGAAAGACCUCAUCGAUGAAGUUGACAGACGAGGUGAUGAUAGUCCAUUGACCCAUCUCGUUCCUGACUUGAAGGGUGUUGACCCUGAUGAUGCCUUCUCUUGUGUGCCAUACGAAAAAGGAUCGACCCUCCUUUUUUAUUUGGAACAAAAAGUCGGAGGUGCUGAAACUUUUGAGGCGUUCCUACGAGCCUACAUUGAGCAAUUCAAGUAUAAGGCCCUGACCACUGAAGAUUGGAAGAAAUUCCUCUUCUCAUUCUUUCAGGACAAGGUUGAAGCCGGUGUGUUUGAUGAUGUGGACUGGGAAGCUUGGUUCCAUAGACCAGGGAUGCCACCAAAAAGACCAAACUUUGACACAUCAUUGGCUGACAUCUGUACUGCCCUCUGUCGGAGAUGGAGCGAUGCUGAUGAUAACGCCUUGGAUCAGUUCAUCCAAUCGGACAUCACUAGAAUGUCUUCAAAGCAAGUUACAGAGUUCCUUUCGCUGCUGCUGCUCGAGCCCGCAUUAUCUCUGUCAAAAAUGGUGAAAUUGAAGGAGGUUUAUAAGCUAAAUGAAAGGAACAACUCGGAAAUCAAAUUCAGAUGGUUGCGUCUCGGUCUGAGGGCUCAUUACGCCGAUGCCAUAGCUCCAGCAAUGCAGUUUGUUACUGAACAAGGAAGGAUGAAGUUUGUGAGGCCGCUCUAUAGGGAUCUCUAUGCGUGGGACAGGUCGAAAGAAAUGGCCGUCAGAAACUUCAUGCUUCAUCGUCAUGAAAUGCACAAUAUCAGUGCUGAGAUGGUGGCAAAAGACUUGCAAGUAAAUGAAUAACUGCGAUUGGAUUUUCAAGAAAACGUCCUGGCGAUAAGAAAUACCGACAUUUAGACACCAAAACAUCCUACUGUUUAUAAGACUUUGAGCAGAAGACAUCAAACGGAAUUUCCCAAUAUGCCUACCAAGGCUUCCAUAUUUUAUUCAUGGCUGGGUCAUGAAUGGGAAGACUUGAUUUAUUUUCAUUGGAUACAGGUGCUUAUUCCAUCACAUAGCUGAACUGACAUAUGAAUCAUGAAGAACUCAGUUGGUAAUAGUGAUAAACGUUUUUGAAGACCAAGCAGUUAUUCUGAUAAUUUUGUAGGCUGUACCGCUUAGCAGUGAGCAUCACACUCUCAGUUGGUAAUAGUGAUAAACAUUUUUGAAGACCAAGCAGUUAUUCUGAUAAUUUUGUAGGCUGUACCGCUUAGCAGUGAGCAUCACACUCUCAGUUGGUAAUAGUGAUAAACAUUUUUGAAGACCAAGCAGUUAUUCUGAUAAUUCUGUAGGCUGUACCGCUUAGCAGUGAGCAUCACACUCUCAGUUGGUAAUAGUGAUAAACAUUUUUAAAGACCAAGCAGUUAUUCUGAUAAUUCUGUAGGCUGUACCGCUUAGCAGUGAGCAUCACACUCUCAGUUGGUAAUAGUGAUAAACAUUUUUGAAGACCAAGCAGUUAUUCUGAUAAUUCUGUAGGCUGUACCGCUUAGCAGUGAGCAUCACACUCAAGACGGAGUAUUUUACCUAGAGUAGAAGAAAAAUGUGCUAUGUUAGAAUGUAAUAGCUUUGGUUUAAACCACAUCUGUCCAAAUGCGGAAUUGGAUGGCACGUGCAGAUGCCACUUUCGGCAGAAUUGAGAGAAAAGGAAUGCGAUUUCGUUUGCAGAAUCCAGAUCACAAUGAGUGGCAUUAAAAUGGCCAAAAGCAGAUUAGAACCCUUCACUGUUGCGUUUUGGUAUUUGAGAUCUUAUCGUAAGUCCAACUCCAUACCAGUCGCUACCCAUCUUCAAAAGUUUCCAGAAUUUGAGCUUCUUGGAUGAUAAAAUUUCAUCAUGAUAUUUGCCUCAACGCCUGAUCACCAAUUCUACUGUUUUAUGAUUGCUAGAAUAUUGCUCAAACAGAUGCUUACAUUGUGUAUUCCUAGACCGAUGAACCACAGGUAACCACUAGUUAGUAUUAGUAUUAUUAAUAAAAAUAAACUAUU